AUGAACACAUUCAAUGCGCCCACCACGCAAAUUAAUGCGAUUGAUAAAGUGACUACUGUGAAAUGUAAAUCCGUGGAUUUGGAAGGCUACGUCAUCAUUGUAGUGCAGACUAAGGAUAAUAAAAUUAAGUUAUAUGGUUCACCAUCAGCGGGUAACUUUGACAACUUGGAGCUGGCUGACGAAAUUAUGGACGUUAACGAAACCAGAUUGGAAGAUAUGUCUCGGACGGAGGUGCUCAGUCAUAUUCAUGAGUGUAUUUCGUCGUGUGUCAUAAAGCUACGAGUCAAGAGACGCAGUGAAACAAAACUUUUAUCGGACAUCGGGCACAACAUAAUUCAGGAUGCCUUCCUCAUCGCGGUGGAGGAGCAGGCCCGACAGAGGCUGCAGAGGCUCUCGGCUCUCAAGAGGAUCACGCCGGUUGAUAUGUCCAAGCUCUCUUUAGAAUUAAACAGAAGAAAACGGACACAACCCGAGAGCAAAGAGCUGAACGGCUACAUAGCCAACUCCACAGUCUACGUGACUUCCAUCAAUGAAAACGGAGCGAUAGAGAGUAAACCAGCUACCUCCUCGCCCAAAGCGCAACCGAAGGCUCUGCAAGCGAAGCCAGCGCCGGUCAUAGCCAACGGCGUCAAAGAGACAGAUGACAAGAGUCAAGACGAGUUGAGUGAUAAGUGUGAUAGUGUUAGUGAUGCGUUGAAUGUGGCCAGGGAGCACCUGAGUAACGGGAGGUGUGAGAAACUGUUGGGGGAAACGGUGAACCGAGGUGCUGUGCAAGAUAAUAAGCUGACGCCGGGGGAGAAUCGGCCGCGACGUCGUUCUGGCUCCAGUAUAAUAGUGGUGGGGGCAGAGGAGGAGAAGCGACCGCCACCGGAUGACGGACCAGAUAUGCUCACUAUGCUAUCGCUUUCUUCAGACACCGGACCACACCGCGAGAUGGCGGUGGACGUGCCGGACAGUUUCAUCGCGAGAAAUAAGACGCCACCACGAUAUCCUCCACCUAGGCCGCCACAGGUACGCGCCCGCACCAGAGACGAAGAGCCGCUUCUCUCGUCCGGGGGGUCGGGUACUUCAUUCGGCAGCAAGCAGAGCACCGUCCUCCAGAGUAUAAACAUUUCGGGGCCAAGUUCUGACGGAUCCGGUUCCUUCAAGAACACGAUAGAACUACUAUCUCUACCUCAGAAUUCAGAUUCCAUAAGCUUCGGUAGUAAGCAGAGCAAGGGUUCAUCCGAGACGACAAAAUGCGACCUGCUAUCAGAUAGAUCGGAGUCAGUGGCCUCUAACACCACCCACAAUUUGAGCGACCAUAAAAUACUGCUAAUAUCAAACGGUGAAGACUCACUAAUAGAUUGCAAAGAAGGCGUGACCUAUUCGGCGAGGACGGAUUCCGUUCUGAUCAGAGAAGCAGUAUACGCGUCGUAUAAGUUACCCCCCGGGUUCGAUACGACACCCGUCUUGCUAGGGAGGGAGGUAGCGGUCGAUGUGCCGGACAGUUUUGUCCAGAUCGUGAAAACGACGCCAAAAUAUCCACCUGGUGUGGAUAGAAAGAGCGUAGUGUUUCAGCAGAUGAAUGGAACGGCGAAGGGUAUCGCACCAGCGGUGCCUCCCCGUGAGGUCCCGAGGGAUGCCCCACCCAGGCCACCGGCGCAUGACGUCACCAAAGAGCAGAUGGAAUCCAUAAAGAAGUACCAGAACUCUUUUACCCUACUUUAA